CCUCCCUUCCCUUGACCUUUCUAUACCUCCCUGUGGACUGACAGCGAAUAGAGAGAAAGCUACCGAUCUGCGUGGGAAGAGGAAAGGGAGGUUACGGAGGCAACGGCAUUGAUGGCGAUGGUGCUUCGGAGAAGGUCGUCGUCGCUGAUUUUGCUCGGUCUCUUCGUGAUCCUAUCUACGGGAGGCCGGGAAUCGUUCCCCUCGAGGGUCGGAGCUGCUGCGGCAAUGGCUCCGCGGAGCGUGACGGCAACCGCGGAGAACGACACCUCUUCCGCCACGGCGCAGAGGUUCGAAAGUGACGUGGUGGUUGGCGCGGUGGACGACCCAGAAUUUAUAGCGUCAAAAGUGAACAUGCAGAUCAGCAACGGCACGGCGCGCCGGUCGCUCGACGACCUUUCCACAUGCGUUACGGGAAACCCCAUCGACGACUGUUGGCGCUGCGACCCCAAGUGGCACCUCCGCCGGAAGCGCCUCGCCGACUGCGGCAUCGGGUUCGGCCGCAGCGCCAUCGGCGGCCGCAACGGGCGCUUCUACCACGUGACCGACCCCAGCGACGACGACCCCGUGAACCCCCUCCCCGGCACACUCCGCUACGCCGUCAUCCAGGACGAGCCCCUCUGGAUCGUGUUCAAGCGCGACAUGGUCAUCGCCCUCAAGCAGGAGCUCAUCAUGAACGGUUUCAAGACCAUCGACGGCCGCGGCGCCAACGUCCACAUCGCCAACGGCGCCUGCAUCACCAUCCAGUUCGUCACCAACGUCAUCAUCCACGGCCUCCACAUCCACGACUGCAAGCCCACCGGCAACGCCAUGGUCCGCAGCUCCCCCUCCCACUACGGCUGGAGGACCAUGGCCGACGGCGACGCCAUUUCCAUCUUCGGUUCCAGCCACAUCUGGGUCGACCACAACUCCCUGUCCAACUGCGCCGACGGCCUCGUCGAUGCCGUUAUGGGCUCCACGGCCAUCACCAUCUCCAACAAUUACUUCACCCACCACAACGAGGUGAUGCUUUUGGGUCACAGUGAUUCCUACAAAAGGGACAAGGCUAUGCAGGUGACCAUUGCCUUCAACCAUUUCGGUGAAGGACUCGUUCAGAGAAUGCCAAGGUGCAGGCAUGGUUACUUCCAUGUGGUGAACAACGAUUACACUCACUGGGAGAUGUACGCCAUUGGAGGAAGUGCGAAUCCGACCAUCAACAGCCAAGGCAACAGAUACCUUGCACCUACCGAUCCUUUUGCCAAGGAGGUGACUAAGAGAGUGGCCACUUCGAGUGAUACUUGGAAGAGCUGGAAUUGGAGAUCAGAGGGGGACCUGCUACUGAAUGGUGCUUACUUCACCCCUUCGGGAGCUGGUGCCUCCGCAAGCUACUCAAGGGCCUCCAGCCUCGGGGCCAAGACCUCCUCCAUGGUUGCUUCCAUCACUGCAGGGGCAGGGGCUCUCCAGUGCCGCAAGGGUUCCUUGUGCUAACGCAAGAUCCAACAAAAAGAAUGAGAAAUAACUGCUCCCAUUCGACAUUGGCUGCACAUUUUCCAACCUCCCCCUGCAACUGUGUGUAUGGGAGCAGGUGCGAAGAAGUGGUGUGACAUUGUUGUUGGAUGAUGAAUCCCUUGUUAUCCAUGUCCAGUUUGUCCCACCCACUCGAAUCUCCAUAUAUCAUCAUAGUUUUCUGUUCCUUGGUCUAAGAUACAUUCAACUCAUCAUCAGACGCAUCGAAGUAAUUAGCAGAACAAGCAUUUCCUUGUAACAUUGGUCUGUCCAGUUGACUUUCUGUCGGUUGACUUUACCUCCGUUACAAACAUUGUUUGGAAAAGCUUAUAAA